AGCCAGCAAGCAAACUCUUGCUCUAAAUGCCCAGUAACCCAGUUGAAGAAAGCACAAUGGCUUCUCUCCAAUUCAUUCUCCUCUUCUUCCUCCUUGUUCUCAGCUCCUUUCAAAAAGUUUCAGGUGUCGGAGUAAACUACGGCACUCUUGGAAACAAUCUCCCAUCUCCAAAGAGAGUUGCCCAGCUCCUUCAGUCCACACUUAUCGACAAGGUCAAAAUCUACGACACUAAUCCUGAAAUCCUCGAGGCAUUUUCCAACACCGGAAUAGACCUCAUUGUUGCAGUGGAGAACUACCAUGUGGCAAACAUCAGCUCCGACGUAUCAGCAGCCGACGAGUGGUUUGCCAACCGCGUGCUGCCCUUCAUUCCUGCUACUUCCAUAGUAGCUAUAGCAGUAGGCAACGAGUAUUUAACCACAGAUCCCGACCAUUUGCGCCCAAAUAAUCUCGUUCAAGCCAUGCAGAACUUGCAUGCAGUGCUAGUAGCACGUGGACUCGAUCGUAAAAUCAAGAUCACAACCCCACAUAGCAUGGCUGUUCUUGCUUCCUCAUUUCCUCCUUCAGCUUCCUCUUUCGCCACAACACUUAUGCCCACCAUGACCUCGAUUGUGGGAUUUCUAGCAGAAACUGGAGCUCCUUUCAUGAUCAAUGCUUACCCAUAUUUCGCUUACAGGGACAACCCUGGUUCAGUUGAUCUACAGUAUGCUUUACUAGGGAAUGUUACUGGAGUUCGUGAUCCCGUGGGCUAUGUCUACAACAACAUGUUAGAUGCACAAAUUGAUGCUGUAAGAUCAGCCAUCAAUGCACUAGGAUAUGGAAAUCAGACGGUUAAGAUUACAGUCUCAGAAUCUGGUUGGCCAUCCAAAGGUAAUCCUGGCGAUAAAGCAGCAACACCAGAUAAUGCAAAGACUUAUAAUACCAGGUUGAUCCAACGUGCACAGUCCAAUAAAGGGACACCCAUGAAGCCUAAGGAUAACAUAGAGAUAUUUGUGUUUGCUUUGUUCAACGAGAACAAAAAGGAUGGUGGCGUGAGUGAGAGAAACUUUGGGAUUUUUAAUGGAGAUGGAUCUAAGGUGUACGAUGUGGAUUUGAGCUGCCAGUUCUGCAGCAAUGAAGGGACAGCUGAAUUUGGUGAGAAAAUGUCAAGUGGAGUAAGAGGUCCUUCAGUUUGGUGUGUGGCUAAGCCCCAUGCAGAUGAGACGGUGCUUCAAGCUGUGCUGGACUUCUGCUGUGGACCAGGUGGAGUGGACUGCAGAGAUAUAUAUGAAAGUGGUAAUUGUUUUGCACCAGACAAGCUCCAUGCACAUGCAUCAUUUGCCAUGAAUGCAUAUUAUCAGAUACAUGGAAGGAACUACUGGAACUGCGACUUCAAGGGCACUGGACUUGUCACAUUCAGCGAUCCAAGCUAUGGAAAAUGCCGGUAUCCCCAGCAGUGACAGAAUAAGGAAUAUGGCAGCGUAGCAGUAAUGUGCUUUGCAGCUAAUUUUGUACUGUUUGCAAUACUGCCAAAAGUUUAGAAAAUGAGAAAAAAAUGGUUGGCUUCAUUACAGAUUUUCUAAUAUUUGGUUGGAUUGUCUGAAAAAGAGAGCCUUAAAAGUGUUUUUUUUUUGGGAGGAAAAAGAUAAAGAUGAGCACAUCACAUGGAUGAUGUCUCCAUAAUCAAAGGCUUUCUCUGUUUUUGAGUUGAAAAAUUUGUUGCCCUUUCUUGAA